AUGUUGCUCCUGAUGCUCCUGACAGGCGAGGGUGAUUCAGGAGCCGAGCGAUCUAUCACCAGCAAGCUGAAAAAAAGUAAGAAACAACAAGACGAGGAAAUUGGAGCACAGGAGAAAAUCGAUGGUCUACCUGAAUCUAUUGACAACGCUUUCGGAGAAUCUUAUACUGUUGCUUGUGGCAGCACCAAAAUGUCUAACAGAAGACGGUCUAUGAUCACCACCAAUACAACCGUCCUUGAGUCACCUUUUGACCAUGCAGAGGAGACUGUCUAUGUCUACUGCAACUACCCUAAGAGAUCCUACGAGUGUGAAAAUAUCUUCCACAAAAACGCUGAAAACACGAUUAUCAAGUUACCGGAUCAUGUCGGGGAAGGUCCGUUUGCACGUGUUGUCUCUAUUGAACGUGCCCCGGAAAGCUAUCAGCUACCUCACCAUCACAUCCGGGCUCGUGCGCUCGAAAGCAAUGAUAACGAGGUAUACGAACUCAAGUUCGGCUACAAAUUCCACCUGAUCAAGCACGACGAUGGCCCAAUCAGCACUUUCAACUUCUCUGCCACCGUGACUAGGUCUAUUGGAAGAGACAAAGCCCAACAUACAACUACAAGUAUGGUGACUACCUCUACUAUAAUCUAG